GCAAGAAGAUGCAUCGCUUCAACAUCAGCGUGACGCCCACCAACGACGCGCCAGAGCUGAGCCUGCCCGAGGGCAACCUCUUCUCGCUGCUGGAGGACUCCAGGAAGCCGCUGACCACCGAGGUGCUGAGAGCCACGGACAUCGACAGCGACCACGCGGACCUCGUCUACUCGGUGCUGGGGAAACUCAACGCCGACGCGGGGUUCCUGGAGAACGAGGACAACCCGGGCCUGGUGCUGACGUCGUUCCCUCACACCGCCCUGGAGGAAGGGAAGAUCAACUACGUGCACACCGGCGUGAAGAACUCGCGGAUCGUGCUGAGGGUCAGCGACGGAGAGAAGGUCAGCAACACCGUGGUCCUCAGAAUUCUGGCCGUGCCCCUGGAGUACAAAAUCAGCAACAACACGGGGGCGAAAGUCACACAGGGCGAGACGGUCAUGAUUGGCAUGAGACAGCUGGCCGUUCAGACGAACGCCGUGAAGCAGAUGGUGGAUAUCCGUUAUGACAUCACCGAGUCACCCCGGUUCGGGGAACUUCAGAGGCUCCAUUCCAGUGGAGAGUGGAAGCACACCAGCUCCUUCUCACAGAGGCUGCUAGAUAAGGAGCGCCUCAGGUACGUCAGCACCUUUCAGGAGGUCCAGGCGGAAGAUGUUUCGGAUCUGUUCAAGUGUUCAGUCACAGUGGCAGGGAGAGCCACCGAAGAGCUUGUGUUUCCGAUCAACGUGAAAUGGAUCAGAUAUGACAUAGUCAGAAACGACAGGUUGGAAAUGGACAAAAUGAGAAGGGUUGCGAUUGACUCUGAGUAUCUUUAUGUCGAGGGCCAAGGGCUUACUAUCCCUGAGGACGAGCUCUCUUUUAGGGUGUUAUCGCCACCAAAUAAGGGAAAGCUUUUAUUGAAUAACGUGGUCCUGGGGGAAAACUCUACAUUUAGUCAAACAAAUGUGACCGAUGGAAAAGUCGAAUAUCAGUUGGUGGAUAGGCCAUACGAAGAUACAAGUGAUACAUUUACCUUUCACGUUUUCACCAAACACUCUCACUCGGCCAGUCACAAUUUUACUCUUGGUAUUAUGGCAGACGUGAACAGUAUUUUCCUGAAGAAUGAAGGGCUGUCACUCCUUGAAGGGGAAAGCAAGCUCAUUACAAAAGAGGAGCUUUUUGCAGAGACUUUGAGCACCAAAGAAAUGUAUUACACCAUCAAGAGAGGUCCAAAACAUGGAAGACUGACUCGCAUAAACACAUCCAACUCUACCUCAGACAACAGCAACUUGGCCACCUUCAGCAACGAGGACAUCCUGGGAGAACGUCUCAUCUACAUCCACGACGACAGCGAGACGACAGACGAUUACUUCACCUUCGUGGCCUCUAUCAGCCUAACCCCGGAUACUUCAUCGUCUGAUGAGGAUGACUACGUGACUCCUAAGGAAGGCUCGUUUAACAUCUCCAUUCAGCUGGUGAACGACGAGAAGCCUGUGCGCGUUGUCGACAAAGUCUUCCACGUGGUGCGCGACGGCCAGAGGCUCCUGACGCUGGACAACCUCCGCUUCCACGAUGCGGACUCGGACUUCAGCGACGGGCAGCUGGUGUACACGCGGCGGGGCAUCCCCAUGGGGGAGUUGGUACUGGCCAACGACACGUCCCGCCGGCUGCACCAAUUCCGUCAGGAGGACCUGGAGCAGAAGCGCGUGCUGUUCACGCACCGCGGCGUCAGCUCGGGCCGUUUCGUGCUCUUCGUGUCGGACGGGAAGCACUACGUGUCCACGCUGCUGGACAUCAGCGCUCACGAUCCCUAUCUCAGAGUGGACAAUAACACUGGCCUGCUGGUGCAGAAGGGACGCGAGAGGGCCCUCAACACCUCAGCUUUCAACGUCCUCACCAACCUCGACAUCCGGAGCGACGACGAGGUCACGUUCAUCGUUACCGAGGCACCGAAACACGGCGGACUGUUCUGGAACGGGACCCGGGUUACGGUCUUCACACAGACUGAGCUGAAGCAGGGCCUUGUGGCCUAUCGCCAUGACGACAGCAAAAACAUGGCGGACUCCUUUGCCAUCAAGGUGAAAGCGAAGGACCUGGUUGUGGAUGCCAAAGUGAAAGUUAAAGUCUACUUGGAAAGCCACCAAAGGCCACCUGUGAUCCUGAAGAAUAAACCCUUACUGGUGGAGGAGGGAAAGCCUGUUAAGAUUGAGAGAAGCACAUUUGAGGUUUCUCACGAGGAUAACCUGCCCUCUGAGAUCAUGCUGACGGUCACAGCUGCCCCGGCUCAUGGAUACCUGCGGCGUUUUGUCGAGGGCGAGGAACGCUACAUGGGGACAGAAGACAGCCCAGUGAAGAGCUUCUCUCAGGAGGACAUCAACGAUGGCAACCUCCAGUACGUCCAUCUUGGGAAUGGACACCUGGACGACACGCUCACACUGCAGGCCAGCAACGGGGUGACGGAGGUCAACAACAUCACGGUGUCUAUCGACGUCAUCCCCAGCCUCAUACCGCUGGACGUCGCCAACUUCACCCUCAAGGAGGGGGCCUCCAAGGCCCUGACGGACCAGGUGCUCCAGAUCACCAACAGGCACUACGAGGGCCUGAACUUCCAGUUCAGUGUGAGCGACGGGCCCCAGCACGGCCACAUCGAGCACUCGCGCUUCCCUGGGACCAAGCUCUCGUCGUUCACCAGGAGAGAGGUGGAACAGGAGUUCAUCUACUACGUGCACGAUGACAGCGAGACCCUGGACGACCGAUUCACUGUCACCGCCAAUGACACUGACCUGCGAAAGCACAGCACACCACGGACACUGUUUGUUGAGGUCACGCCCGUCAAUGACCAGCCCCCGGUCGUCACAGCCAAUAGGGUCUUAAGGGUGUGGGUGGGUUCCGUGACGGAGAUCACCACCAGUGACCUGAACGCAGAGGACGAGGACUCUCCCGCGGAGGACCUCGUCUUCAUGGUCACGCAGCCCAGCAACGGGCACCUGGCCCUCAAGAGCGCCCCCACCAGGGCACUGAUGAACUUCACGCAGGCCCACAUCCAGCAGGGCCAGCUGCUGUUCGUCCACAGCGGUGCCAUGGCCGGAGGGUUUAACUUCCAGGUCAACGACGGGGUGAACUUUGCCCCAAGGCAGAUCUUCAGCAUCACCGCCCGGGCCCUGGUCAUCAGCCUGGUCAAGAACGGACCUCUCAAGGUGUUCCCAGGGUCCACCACUGCCAUUUCCAAAGAGGACCUGCAGGCGGUGACCAACGAUAAGAGCGGCGCGUCCAACCGCACCAUCGCAUACACGGUGACGUCUCCCCCGAGACUGGGCAGGCUGGUGGCGCAGCUGUCCGAUAACUCCACCGAGGACAUCUCCUCGUUCACACAAGCAAUGGUGGACGAGGGUGUGGUGCUAUACGAGCAGAGGUCCGUGGACAGUGUCGGCUGGACAGCCCUGGACACGUUGAGUUUCUCUGUGUCAUCGCCGCCCACCUCCCUGGAGGCUCAGACGUUCAACAUCGACAUCUCGUACGAGAACGUCGGGCCCAGCCGCGGCUCCCUCCUCCUCAAAAACACAGGUGCUGUAGUGACGGAAGGAGAUAAAGUCGUCAUCGACAAGUCUAAGCUGGACGGCAGCAACCUCAUCACCAAGCGUCCAGAGUCACAGCGCCAAUCCUAUGAGGUCUGGUACCAGGUCACCAACCUUCCCCAGCACGGUUUUAUUGUUGUCGGCGAGCGGAACGUCACCAAGGAGAAGCCCAACUUCUCUCAGUUUAUCCUAAACAAGUACGGCAUCACCUACCACCACGACAACUCCGAGAGCACCGGCGACAGCUUCGUGUUCGACGUCUUCCUCAACUUGAAGAGCAAGCCCACACAGCGCCCCCUGAAUGACGACGAGGUAGUGCAGGAGUCGUUUAACAUCACGGUCACGCCUGUGAACGACCAGCCCCCCGUGCUGAAGACCAAAGCUCCAAGUCUGAAGGUUGUACAGGGCGACAUGGCAGUACUGGGCCAAGGCAACCUGAAUGUGGUGGACCUGGAUAACCCUCCGGAGGAGAUCCGGUACACCGUGAUCAGUCAGCCCAACAACGGCUUCCUGGCAAUGGAAGGAAAGCUCAAUGUGUCGGUGCAGACCUUCACCCAGGCUCAGAUCAACAGCGGGCAGCUUUACUUCGUCCAAGACGGGUCGCCCGCAUCGGGAGUGUUUUACUUCAGCGUCACGGACGGACACCACCGUCCCGUUUACAAGCUCUUCAAUCUGGAGGUGAUCGAGAUCACGGUCUCGCUCGUCAACAACAGCCUCGUGCUGCUGGAGCAGGGCGAGACGACCGCCACCAUCACCUCGGCGCAGCUGGCGGCGGAGACCAACGGCAAGAACGCCACCAUCCGCUAUCGAGUCACAGAGUCGCCGCGUUACGGGAAGCUCCUGCUGGACGACAUAUUGUCGUCGUCUUUCAGCCAGGAGGACCUGCAGGCCGAGAGGCUGGUCUACCACAUGCUGGACUCCACCUCGGCCACGGACAGCUUUGAGUUCAUCGCCUUCACGUCCGAGGCCAACCUCACGGGCCAGGUGGUCAACAUCUCGGUGACGCCCAGGGUCCGGUUCGUGGAGAGACUGCAGGUGCCCAACGGAGUUCAGUUCAAACUCAAGACGCGCUUCCUCAAUGCCACGCGGUUGGCUGCUCUUAGCGGCAGCGACCCCGUCUUCGAAAUCCUGGCCCAUCCCAAGUGUGGGAAGGUCGUCAGAGCCACGAAACACGGGAAGAGAGCCACGCCGCUCGAGUCUUUCACCUCCCGCGAUCUCGAGCAGGAGAAGGUAGCCAUCGACGUGAAAGCGAACCUGACAGGAAUCCAGGAACUGAACGAUUCGCUAGUGUUUGUCUUAAAAGCGGACAGUGUUCCCCCGGCCAGAGGAGAGAUGAUGUUCACUGUCGUGCCGUACAGUGCGAUGCUUUUCACGACGACGAUGAGUCCCGUCCAGUCCACCAGGCCGACGGUCCUCAACCACACCUCGGCAGCCGCCGGCCCGGGCUUGGCUCUCUCCCUGUCCACCUCGGCGCCGGGCGUCACUGCCACGCCGCGCCAGUCCACCCGGCUCCUCUCGAAGAACCGGGGCCGCGACCGCUGGGGGAGCCAGAACCGGACCGACCCCGCGGCCGCCUCCACCGUCCCCCGGCCGCCGCAGGAGAAGCCCGACGUGGCUCCGGUGAUGAGGAACACGCCGGUGCGCGUGGAGUCCUACCCGCAGAAGAGCUCCAACCCCCUGCUGGUGAUCCUGCCCGUGCUGGCCUGCCUGCUGCUGCUGGUCAUCCUGCUCAUGUUCAUCGUCUACCUCCGCAAGAAGAAGAAGCAGCAGCAGCAGCAGCAGAAGAAGGCCCCAACGAGGAGCGAUGCGGCAGCCGACCUGACGGCCUCCCCUUGCCCCCCGAGCCCCACUGCCCAGUCGGAGAGGAGCGCCGCCAUCCCCACGGUGACCGUCACCCCGCUUAGCCCCAGUUGCCCCGGCAGCCCCAUGUCGGAAAGGCCUCACGGGGCCUCGGACGCCUCCCUGCCCCUCUGCUCCUGGGGAGGGACGGACGCCGAGGCCGAGCAGCUCUGCCGCACCCCCAAACCCACCCUGCAGCGCAACCAGUACUGGGUAUGACCUGCAGGUGGCGCUGUGACUAUCGGAGUGGACUAACUAGCACCAGGCUACUCUGUAGCCCUUCCUGAUGCUGGUGCAAAAUAUGCUGGACUUAACCAUUCAUCUACUGUACCAUAACCUUUGGUCAUUACUGUAUUUUCCAAGCUUUGCUCUGCUGUGCAUGAUACAACACUCACAUAACUGUAAUUCUUUAUGCACCUUGUGAUGGCGGUUCUGAAGAUAAGCUUUUACGGCUACGGUAACACUUCAAGCUAAAGCUGACUUACAAAAACUACUGAAUCGUUCUACACUAACCAAACAUUAUAUCUGUGUUGCGGAAUAAACAUUGUUCUUGUUAUGGUACUGUAUUGAAGCUAAAUAGGAAAUAAUUUCUUUAACUUGUAUCAAAAUGUUUCAGCAUGUGACUGUUAAGUGGAACCAAUCAAACUGUUCCAAAACCACUGAACUCUUGAAAGAUAUUACAAGUACUAUUUUGAAACCAAGUCAAAAACAAUCAAAUCAAAGGCACCAGUUGAAAUUGUAUUAGCAAUGGCUAGGAUUGGUCUCCAUUUUCUAUGCUGCUGGCUGGCUGGAAGAGCAGGUGUCAUUUGUUUUCAACCUAGUUUUGAGUUACUACCUCCAUUACAUGAGCAGUCAGCUGCCUGAAGUGAAUAAGGGAAGGCUUAUUGAUGUAUUGUGCAGACUGUCAAGUUAUGACCACUAGGUACCCAAGGGCACCCCGCCAUUUUGUCAAUGUUUGAAAAUUAAGGGGUUGCAUUAUACCCUAAAUCUUAAUAAAUCUCAAGAAAUAUUUUAUUUUAACACUGAAAAUGAUAACACUUUUAGAUUCACACUGUAUGGGUGUGAAUAUGAUAUUUUUAUGUUUUUUAUGAUAUUUUGUUAUUCUUUUUUAUGUAUGGAUCUCUUUUGUAAACUCAGGAAUUAAUAUAUGGGAAUAAUCCUCUGUAUAGAGACUGCAUCAUGUCGAUUUGUGCUAUUUUUUAUUAUACUGAGUCGAUGUAACGUAGAACAAUCACUGUAAUACCCGCACUGAUUUGUGAAGGUAUGAAAAGCAUCAUCAUCACUUUAACCUCCCUCCAGUAUUCACUGUGUAGUGCCAGCCUCUACCCGGGCUGAUAGUGAAUCAGAGGCGAUAUCUGAUGUAUGUUUAUUUAUGAUGUCCCGCAGAUCCCCACCACGCACAUCAGCGUGAUGGGAGUCGACGGGUGCCGCGCCUUUAAGGCUUGUUUUGUUACAUUUCAUCUUCAUAUAGCGAACCACUCCUUUAAGCCAUGCUGAAUCCAUGGUGAAUGACUGCUGAGUAUUAAAAGACUACAAAGAACAUUCAGAACCACUUAUCUCUUCCUUUUGGUACGGAAGCAUAGCAUCAUCCGCUGCAAAUUAAAUAAUGGCCUAUGUGUUGUCUUGAAGGCUUGCAUAGUGUUUAUUGUCAAGUCUGCCAAAAAAUAUCUGUCUAUGGGGGGGGGGAAAUCACACUUGCAUACUGUCAAAGGCUUGCAUCAAUUAACUGAUAUGCUGUCUUAUAUUUAUUUUGAUCUAUGAGUAUUAAUUAAAAAUGUACAUAUUUUAAUGAAA